UAUACUUCUCAUCGAUACUUUUUAUUAAGUUAUAGUUGCUAACUUGGGCUUUUGGCAAAGCCAUUUUGAAUCAACACAAAAUUAUUUCCACACCCAAUACGCGUUAAGUAAAAAAAAAACUUAAUAUUUUGUAAAAAUAAGAAAUGUUUUAGUUAAUACUCUGUAUGAUCAAAUAAAUUUCACUGAAUUUACUACAACGGUGUGGAGUCUUGUUAUGUGAAUACUGCUAUAAUGUUUAAGUUUUUUCAAAGUAACUCAUCGUCUUCCGACGCUAGUAGUAGUAAUAGUGGUGGUGCUGGUUCAGAACACGGCAGUAACAUGGGUAGCACUAAAGAUUUGCAUCAGAAAGAUUAUGAAAUUAAAAUGAGAGACUCUAGAAUUCAAAUGUUAGAGCAAGAACUUAAAAAAAAAGAUGAAACAAUUAAAAAAUUAAAUAGUGAACUUGAUAAAUACCGAUCUGUUUUGCAACCAUCAAGUCCAACAUCUGCUACAGUUUCAAAAACAAGACAAAGGUUGCCAGGUAUAUCUGCAGAACCUCAAACGUUAUCCAAAGCACAAGCUCAAGCUCAACCUCUCAAAAGGAUAUCCAAGUCACAAAGGUCAAAAGAUACUAUCAGAGAAGCCAUUAAAGAUAAUGACUUUCUUACGUAUUUGGAAGCUUCCCAAGUCAAAGAGCUGGUUGAUGUUAUGUACUCUAAAGAAUUUAAAAAAGGAGAAUAUAUUAUACGAGAAGGAGAACCUGGACAGCAUUUAUAUGUUAUUGAAGAUGGUGUCUGUGAAAUUAUAAAGGAUGGCAAAGUUCUUGGAGAAUUAGGACCAGCAAAAGCAAUGGGAGAGUUGGCAAUCUUAUAUAACUGUGUUCGGACUGCUACUGUUAGAGCAACAACAAGUGGGAAGUUAUGGACAAUUGACAGGCAAGGUUUCCAAACUAUCAUGAUGAAGACUGGUAUGCAAAGACAGCAAGAGCAUAUGGACUUUUUAAAAAGUGUACCCGUUUUAAAGGAAGUUGCAGAUGAUGCUCUAGCAAAAAUUGCUGAUGUGUUAGAAGAAGCAUUCUAUGAAGAAGGUGAAUAUAUUAUUCGACAAGGUGCCCGUGGUGACACAUUUUUUAUUCUCAAAAAAGGCACAGUUGACAUAACUCAGCGAGCAUCUGUCCAUAGUGAACCACAGUUUGUACGGUCACUGAGUAAAGGAGCAUAUUUUGGCGAGAAAGCUCUUUUAGGAGAAGAUCUUCGAACUGCUAAUGUUAUUGCUGGAAAAGGUGGUUGCGGGUGUUUAGUAGUUGAUAGAGAAUCGUUUUCAAUGUUUAUUGAAACUCUCAGUGAUAUCAAGAAAGAUAGUUAUGAAAGUGAUGAUAAAAAGCGAGGAGUUGAUCUUAAGUCACCAACGCUGGCAAAAGAACAAGAUGAGUUUUCAUUUGUAACUUUAGAUCAACUUAAAAUAGCAGCAACUUUAGGUGUUGGUGGUUUUGGCAGAGUAGAAUUGGUUCAACUUGCAAAUGAUAAACGCACUUUUGCACUAAAGCAACUAAAAAAGAAACAUAUAGUAGAAACUCGUCAACAAGAUCACAUUAUGUCUGAGAAACGAAUUAUGUCUGAAGCAAAUUGUGCUUUUAUAGUAAGAUUAUACAAAACAUUCAAAGAUAAAAAGUAUUUAUACAUGUUGCUAGAAGUUUGUUUGGGUGGUGAAUUGUGGACCAUCCUUAGGGAUAGAGGUUCAUUUGAUGACAAUACAACACGUUUUUAUGUUGGUUGUGUGAUAGAAGCGUUUUCCUACUUGCAUUCUAAAGGUAUUGUUUACAGAGAUCUCAAGCCCGAGAAUCUUCUGUUAGAUGAUAAGGGUUAUUGCAAACUUGUAGAUUUUGGUUUUGCUAAGAAGAUUGGUUUUGGGCGAAAAACAUGGACAUUUUGUGGAACUCCAGAAUAUGUUGCUCCUGAAAUUAUUUUAAAUAAGGGUCAUGAUUUUGCAGCAGAUUAUUGGUCACUUGGUAUUUUAAUGUAUGAGUUGCUAACUGGCAGCCCUCCAUUUUCUGGCUCUGACCCAAUGAAAACAUAUAAUAUUAUUUUGAAAGGAAUUGAUAUGAUUGAGUUUCCUCGAAGAAUAACUCGCAAUGCUCAUAACCUAAUAAAGAAAUUAUGCAAAGAUAAUCCAUCAGAGCGACUUGGUUACCAAAGAAAUGGGUUAAAGGACAUACAAAAGCACAAAUGGUUUGAUGGUUUUAAUUGGGAUGGGUUAAAGAACCGUAAACUAGGACCUCCUAUUAUUCCUAAAAUAAAGUCACCUUUAGACGCUUCAAAUUUCGAUGACUAUCCAAAAGAUGACGAAAUACCCCCAGAUGAUGUUACUGGAUGGGAUAAAGAUUUUUAAUUUCUUUGCUCCUUUCUAUUUUAUCUAUAUAUCCAGAUAAUGCAAUUGGGCCAGCUGCUAAUAUUGGACGCUAGUCUUGUAUCAAGAUUCAGUAAAUAUUUUGAUUUUAGAUAGUGUUCUGAGUUGUGUUCAGGGACAUAUUUUUAGCAAAUUUUUUUUUGUGUUAUUUAUAAGUAUGUUUUAGUGUUUGAAUAUAGAAUCUAGGCGCGAAUUUUUUAUACUUUUUCUUUUAUGCACACAUUCAUCUUGCUUGAAUCAUGCUUAAUUUUUUAAUGCUUUAAUUCAUGGUCUUCCUACACGCAUUCAUUCUGCAGUGUUAAAUGUUUUAUUAGAAUUUUUAUUUCCCCCUUUUUUUUUUUUUUUUCCUUUUUUUUUUUUUUCUAAUUUUUUGCACCUUAGAUGAGUUAUGCGAAGUGUAAUAUAUCUUUUUACUUAUGAUGUUUAAUAAUUAAUUUAUAGUGCUUGUCAUGCAAGAAGUGUAGAUAGAUUUUUUAGAAUACUUAAAAUAAGUAUAAACA